AUGACGGGCACGCCGAGUUCUGACUCGAGCAGCAGCCACGAGACGGGCUGUCAAACAGCUGAUGCCGCCGGGUAUCUUCCAUUGAGAGACGGGGUAGCGCGCCGCCUCGCGCAGCUUGUCAUCUCUCCAAACUUAGAGGCUUUGCUAGAGCACGACGAGCGCGUCCGUUCUCCUCCUGCUUCCCCUGCCUGCGCCUCGCCAGCCCUACAGCCUGUUAUUCUCAGCAGUGAGCCGACGCCGUCUAUAGGCUUACCGCCCCCACCUAGGAAACGGAGAUCACAACCCAGUACUGCCGGUCCGCCGGUUGCCAGUGCGCAGGACACGGUACACUCGGAGACCAGGGGUGAAGGAGACGCUUCUUCGAGUAAGGCAAGUCCGCGACCGACUCCUACUAAAGACCGAGUCUCUUUGGUUCUUGCUGCUCUUGACACUUCCGUUUCGCUCGACAACCCAUAUCUAAAUCCAGCCCCUGGACCGUCCCUACAGCCCACUGCUUCACGAUCAUCCGCGUCCUUGCCCUCAAGUGGUUCUCAUUACACCGCAGACGCUUCCGACGAAUCUUAUGAUAGCACGCGACAUCACAGUCCUUUGAGCCCUUCGAAACGAGCGUUCUCACACAAUACCCUUCUCGGAAUAAGGCGCCGUGUCUCACUUCCUCCAGGACCCAGAUCCUUAUUGGCACAUUACGACAACGAAUCGUCUUCUUCUUCUGACCGAGGGCCAAGUACACUAGAGCGUAUAUUAGGCAGAGCGCCGCAGACUCCCAAAUCCACGCGCGAGCAGACACAAGACAACCGACCAUUCACAGCGGAAAAGAGUGACGUCCGGAAAUCCGCGAAAAAGCCCAAACUUUCUUACGAGGAAAGAUUACUCCAGGCCGGUAUCCUUCCGCCUCCACCAAAGAUUUCGUCGCGGGAGAAAGAAAAGAUGGCUUCAGUUGGUGGUGACCAUAAUGAUGCCCGGGUGAGACAGUUCGCCGAGAACGCAGGGAGUGCAUCCGUACAACCCAGAGUCUCGCACGCUUACAGGUCGUCGGAUGCGUCCCAUUCUUCGGAGUCAAGCCAUAUCCCUGCGUCCAGUAUGACACACAGCCGUAUCAGCAUAUCUAGCACUCAGUACCCUUCCUCCAUGGACAGUCAUCGACAUGGGAGAGCCCAAAGAAGUCGCCCGACGCUGCCGUCGGCGUCUACGAAGGUCGGUGACCGCGAAUCAUUCAUAGACCUAGGUUCUCCGUCGACUCCUCGUCGACCGUCGAUUGACACCAGCAGCAUCCAUUCGGGGGAAACCUCCCCGGCCAUGCCCACAUUCGUUGUACACAAUUCACCUUCACCUAUGUCUUCCAAAUCUAGUCUUGAUUCCGAUCCCUCGGUCGCCCGUCGACCCCGUUUAUCCGCGCGUUCCCCGACAUCGCAAUCUUUUACCAUUUCGGCGUCCCCUUCACGUUCAUCAAAGCCGCCCAUUCCUACUGCCCCGAAGCCCAAGUUCAGGCGGUCCAUCUCUGCGCAACCCUCGGGUGCGAAACGCCUCGCGAAAUCAUCGUCGAGUUCCGAGGCAUCUGAUUCGAGAAAGGUCGAGCCUCUACCUCCCACAACUAAUCUCUUGAACCCUCAAGAACGCGCAGAGCUCAUUAGGAAGACCCGAAAGCUAACGCAGGUGUUCGGUAAGACGCCUGCAGCUUCUGCUGUCUACCCUGAAUCGCCUAUCCUGGGCUUAGCACCGCAGUCGAUCCCCCAGGCUAGACGGGGCCAUCACCGUGGCGCUGUCUCUAUGGUCAGUGACGCCCCGCACACCCGAGCCAUCUGGCCGCCCCCGGAAACCACGCAGUACCUCUCACCUAACGGCCGUCGGUUCUCGACCCCAUUGAGCCCUGACCAGCUUUCCUUCCUGAGUGUCGACAUGGACGAACGGCGGUCUGUUCCUUCGCGGAGCGACCACUACAUUGAAGUGGGAACCGAAGAAGGGGAGGCGCAAAGCGGGUACGAAGAGGAAACUGCGCCAGGGCCGCCUGAUUCGCCCACGUCGUUCAUUGACCUUUCGGACGAAGAGGCAACGGAUGAUAUCAUGUCUUUUAUAGAUGUUGAUACGCCGAAGUCGCCCAGGCGCAUGAGGCCGUCGCCGUCGGAACCGUCCCUCGUGGAGACGCUUUCUCCGGAAGAGCAGUCCGAGGAAGAGCGCCGUCGGAAGAGGGAGAGGCUAGCCAAGCUGCAUCGUUUCUUGGGUUCUCGUGUGCCCGUGGGUUUGGUUCUUGGAGUCGAGGAUCCUGCCAUGUCGUUACCUCCCCCAGCUCUGGAGACCGUGCACUCGGAAGGAGAGGAUCAGCCUAUCCGGGUCUGGGCAAGAAGGCGCCGCAGUAGCUCCGCUGCUGCGUUCCCUGCCCACUGGUCGGACGACGUCGAUCGCCUGAAGGAGGAUCUAGACGAGCGAGAGAAGGCAAUAAUUGUAAGGAGGGCACAAAAGAUGGAGAAGAUGUUCGGAGCGCAGCCGCCACAGUCCCUUUAUCAUACCCGGAAACCAUCCACGAUGGUCAACACUGAUUUGGCCCGCACUGGACAUUCGUCGUCGUCUACUCCGACGAGCGCUCAUUCACCGACUGGGCGCAAUAUGAACCAGUCCGCGUAUGUCAAGAAAGGUAAAGGCAAGAACAAGAAGUCCAACCGUCCCGGGACCUCGGAGUCCGCCAAGGGGCUGCUCAAGCCGGAGAGCGUGGACUAUACCCCUGAGGAUCAGUCUAUGGAUCACCGACUGUCGGCCGUUUAUAUGCACUAUCGCCACUCGCUCAAUUCCUUGACUGACAUCAUAGAUAGGGAGGAUAAGGAGUCCCUCGCUCAGCUACACCAGUACUUGAACGGGGAAGAGGAGCCGUUGGUGACAUUCACUCGCGAUCCGCAACCCUCCGAACGGAAGAUGUCGAAUGCGUCGUCUUUGCGCUCGGAGCGGCGUAGAUCAUUGCCCCCUCGUACAUCCAUGGUCUCCCUGGCUUCGGAGUACAAUAUUGGUUCCCCGGACGCGGAAAUGACCAGCUUCCAGCUGCGGCGGCGCAAGGCCGCGAAGCUCACAAGCUUUUUCGGGGUGGACUAUCGGGAUCUGAUCUCCGACGUCCUCGAAAGCAUCGAAAAGGAAGUACAGGAAGAUGGUGGCAAGGGUACAUUGAAACCCGACGAAGUACAGGGGCCGGGGGAAGUGGAGUGGGCUAUCGAGGACGUUGAUCGCAUCGGUAUUGAUUGGUUCCCGGUCUUCGGGUGGGCAUAUAAUGACCAAAAAAGGCAGCUACCCCGAACAUUCCGGAAACCGUAG